AGGCACAGCACAUGUCAUUCAUAGACGAGUGAGCUUGGGCCACGCCGCUGUGCUGCGUGCAUCAUCGCCCAUGGCCAACACAAUCGACAUGCUCCAUCCGCCAUCCAUCCACACGUCCAACCUCUUGUAACCAACCCAUCUCGACGUCCUCUCCCGGACUGCCAUCCAACGUCCGACGCUGCCGUCGACCCUUCACUUUCUCCUCAAGACACCUUCCACCCUUCGCCGCGCCUUAGUCACCACAUCCAAACUCCGCAUCAAUCAUGGGUGCGAACCAGUCUGGCCUCGGAGGUGGUCCUCCCGGUCAGGGAGGCGACAACAAGGAUAAGAAGGAUCCCAAGAAGGAUAAGCCCAAGUACGAGCCUCCGCCACAACCCACUACCCGCAUCGGCCGCAAGAAGAGAAAGCAAGCCGGUCCGAAUGCCGCCGCCAAACUCCCCUCCAUCUACCCUACCGCCCGAUGCAAGCUCCGAUACCUGCGCAUGCAGCGCAUUCACGACCACUUGUUGCUAGAGGAGGAAUACGUCGAGAACCAGGAAAGACUGCGCAAGGCCAGAGCUGCAAGCGCUCAACAGCCUGCUUCCGCCGGCGCUGACAGCGAUGCCCUGGACCGCAACGCCGACGAAAGAAGCCGUGUUGAUGACAUGAGAGGCAGCCCCAUGGGUGUCGGAAACCUCGAGGAGCUCAUCGAUGAUGACCACGCCAUCGUAUCCUCUGCUACCGGCCCCGAAUACUAUGUCAGCAUCAUGUCCUUUGUCGACAAGGAUCUGCUCGAGCCCGGCGCAAGUGUUCUUCUUCAUCACAAAUCCGUUUCUGUUGUUGGUGUCUUGACGGACGAUGCCGACCCUCUCGUUUCUGUCAUGAAGCUCGACAAGGCCCCUACCGAAUCAUACGCCGACAUUGGUGGUCUGGAACAACAAAUCCAGGAAGUCCGUGAAGCCGUCGAGCUGCCUCUGCUCCACCCUGAGCUUUACGAGGAGAUGGGUAUCAAGCCCCCAAAGGGUGUCAUUCUCUACGGUGCUCCCGGUACAGGAAAGACUCUUCUCGCAAAGGCCGUUGCAAACCAAACCAGCGCUACAUUCCUCCGUAUCGUUGGUAGCGAGCUGAUCCAAAAAUACUUGGGCGAUGGUCCUAGACUCGUGAGACAGCUCUUCCAGGUCGCUGCCGAGCACGCCCCCAGUAUCGUCUUCAUUGAUGAGAUUGAUGCUGUCGGUACCAAGCGUUACGAGUCCACAUCUGGUGGCGAGCGUGAAAUUCAACGUACCAUGCUUGAGCUUCUGAACCAGCUCGAUGGUUUCGAUGACCGUGGUGAUGUCAAGGUCAUCAUGGCCACUAACAAGAUUGAAACACUGGAUCCCGCUCUUAUCAGACCUGGUCGUAUUGACCGCAAGAUUCUCUUCGAGAACCCCGACCAAAACACCAAGCGCAAGAUCUUCACCCUCCACACAUCCAAGAUGUCCUUGGCCGAGGACGUCGACCUUGAAGAGUUCAUCAAUCAGAAGGACGACCUCUCGGGUGCCGAUAUUCGUGCCAUGUGCAGUGAAGCUGGUCUCAUGGCACUGAGAGAACGCAGAAUGAGAGUCAACAUGACCGACUUCAGACAGGCAAGAGAGAGCGUGCUCAAGACCAAGAGCGAGGGCGAACCAGAGGGUCUCUACCUGUAGUUUUGUUUCUUAGCAUCCUGGACCAAGUGCACGACCAGUCGUUGUAAUACUAUAGCAUACAAUGGGAAUCCCAUACAUGAUGAUACC